GAGUUGAGUAAAUGCCACGUCUUAACACACAGCUACAAGUAGGAGCAGCGUGGACUCAAAUAUAAGCAGUAUACACAGCAGAGAGACACCCAGCCGCACAACAGGCACUCAUAACCUGCACAACCCGGGAAUAAUAUGGGCUGUUUACGUCUGCUGGCACUGACACUGGCCACGUCUGCGGUGCUGCUGUUAGCCUCCCGUUCAGCCGUCGCUCACAGCCACUCCCACGGCGACCACGGGCACGCCCACUCCCAUGGCAACCAUCACCAUGGCCACCAUCACCACGGCCACUCGCACGGAGAGGACGAUGACCACGCCGAGGUGAAGAUGUUCCACGGAGCGAGCAAGUGGAGCGCCGAGGCCAAUGUACAGGAAGAGAUGCACCACGGGCACGCUCACGACCACGGGCACGCUCACGACCACGGGCACGCUCACGACCACGGACAUGCACACUCUCACGACCACGGGCACGCUCACGCUCAUCAUGAGGAUAUUAUCCGGGUGCAUAAGGAGGAGAGCGGCCACGGACACACGCACGGAGGUGAAAGGGUGAAGAGAGAAGCGGAGGGCGAGAAGAGAGACACGCUGGAGCUCUGGAUGCAGGCUAUCGGCGCCACCCUGCUGAUCAGCGCAGCUCCUUUCCUCAUCCUGUUUCUGAUCCCGGUUCAGUCCAACAGCGACCAGCACCAGAAUCUGCUCAAAGUGCUGCUGAGUUUCGCCUCCGGUGGUCUGCUGGGCGACGCCUUCCUUCACCUCAUACCACACGCUCUGGAGCCCCACUCUCACCACGGAGACGAAGAUCACGGCCACUCGCAUGAAGAAAAAGAAUCACACGACCACGGACACUCUCACGGAGCCGCCCACGGUCACAUGAUGUCGGUGGGUCUGUGGGUUCUCGGCGGGAUCAUCGCCUUCCUGGUCGUAGAGAAAUUUGUGCGUCUGCUGAAGGGAGGACACGGACACGGACACUCACAUGGACACUCACAUGCUGCUCCCAAGGAAAAGGUCAGCGAUGGCGAAGAAGAAAAGGAAGAGGAGGAGGAGAAGAAAGAAAGCAAAGACACGAAGGCGGCGAAGAAAGAGGAGGCGAACACAGACAUCAAAGUGUCAGGUUACCUUAACUUGGCAGCCGACUUCACACACAACUUCACUGACGGCCUGGCUAUCGGAGCGUCCUUCCUGGUCGGUCCAGCAGUGGGCGCCGUCACCACUCUCACCAUCCUGCUGCACGAAGUCCCACACGAGAUCGGAGACUUCGCCAUCCUCGUCCAGUCCGGCUGCACCAAAAAGAAGGCCAUGUGUCUACAGCUGCUUACGGCCCUGGGAGCUCUGGCCGGCACAUCUUGCUCCCUAUUGGCUGAAGGCGUUGGCGCGGCGGCGACGGCCUGGAUCCUGCCGUUCACUGCCGGCGGGUUUGUUUACAUCGCCACGGUUACCGUGCUCCCAGAGCUGCUGGCGGGUCGCUCCAGUUUCGGCCAGUCCCUGAUGGAGAUUCUGGCGCUGCUGUUCGGAGUGGGCAUGAUGGUGCUGAUCGCCGAGUACGAGUGAGACGCAGCAGCAGAGCGGACAGAAACGUCUUCUAGUGAAACAGGAAGAGAAGGAACAGAGAGGAGGAAAUAUAAAAAAGGCGGUUUUAACUAGUUUGUCAGGGUUUUUUUUUUUUUUUUAAACGACGUUCUGUUUUGAGACAAACGCCACCUAUGGAUGAUUUUUGUUGUCUUAGCAGUUCAUUGUCUCGUCCCUGGUUUAUGUCACGGUUCCUCUUUUGUUUUGUUUUUUAUUGUUUUUGAAAGGAAAGGUGUCUUUAAAAAAAAAACGUUCUGCAGCAAAGACUCGAGAGCUGGAAGAAAGAAGAAAAAAAACCCUUUGAGGACUGCUGUGUGUGUAUGUGUGUGUAUGUGUGUGUGUGUGUUCACUGUGGGUAAGAACGGAGAGAUUCAUUCUUUCUUUCCUCCAGUCACCACUUUCACUACAUGGACCAUCCAGAUAUAUUUUAUAUUUUUAUCACAGCUUAAACUGACACGUUGCUCCCUCCACAAGUGGGGCUGAAAUUCAUGUAACUUUUUUUCAGCCAUAAGACCAAUUAAUUUUUUUAUAUCAUUUGGCACGUGGCUGUUCCUUUUUUAAAGUCAUCAAACAUUUCGUAGUUGGGUCGGCGAGAAGCAAAGAAAUCAAUGAUGUGGCUUAUUUGUGCUCGCUGCACACUGGCCUGAUCUAGAUGUCAUCAGUUAUAUGAAUUUAAUUUUUUUUGUUUGGAAAAUGCUGAAUGUUAAUAUUUUUACAUUCCACAGAAUAAAACUAAAUAUAAAUAAACUGUUGUGGUGUUUCAGCUGUACUAAAAAUGUCCUGUUUGCUUUAAGACAUUCCUGCACAAUCAGUUUUUUGAUUUUUUUUUUUUUAAUGGUUAAAAAUCAGUGAAAAUAUUUGCGGCUGUGAGGAAAAAUCCCACAUAGUUUCUUAUAAUAUUCAAAGUGAUGAAUGCUUUUUCUGCACACUCUGUAAUUAAAGACAUACUUGAAAAAU